UACGCGCUGGCUGCACAUGAAUACCGGUACCCGCCCAGACUAUGAAGCAGACGCUCAUCUCUCUAUCGCGCACUGGCAUGUGAGACCUCAGCUGCUGGACUCUGUGACAAAGUAAUAGAGGCUUGGCAUGGUGGUCAAUCCGGCCGCCUCGGCUGACAUGGUAAGCGUUUGUGGGACUCUCCAGACCCGUUCAUAAACAGGGACAAGCGGACACUGGUGCGCGGGGAGGUAUUAGACAGGUGCUUGUCAUUCCUCCCGUACCAAUUUAAGCAUCUAUACAGACGCCAGAGAGUCUGAGUGUGUGUGUGUGUGUGUGUGUGUGUGUGAGUGUGAGGUUGGGAUUGUGAUUCUGAUCAAAAACCAGUGGACGUGAGCUUUUUCGCCAUGAAGUGCUUCAAGAGUCGGCUGGGUCAGGAUGUGGAGAAACAAGGUGCCAAACUGUCUAAACCUCGCUGGGAUCGCAUCUCUAGUAACAAGGUCCCCACAGACCAGACCAUGGUGGUAGGGGGCAGGGACAAGGACUCAUACACCCAAUCAGCAGGUCCACUGAGGAAGCGUCGCCAGCGAUAUGUGGAGAAGGACGGCAAGUGCAACGUUCACCACGGCAACGUGCGAGAGACAUACCGUUACCUAACAGAUAUCUUCACCACGCUGGUAGACCUGAAGUGGCGCUUAAACCUACUGGUUUUCACCCUGGUCUACACAUCCACCUGGCUUUUUUUCGGUCUCCUGUGGUGGCUCAUUGCCUACGCCCGUGGAGACCUUGACCAUACCCAGGACAGCACCUGGACACCGUGCGUCAACAACCUCAACGGUUUUGUCUCUGCCUUCCUCUUUUCCAUCGAGACGGAGACCACCAUUGGCUAUGGCUACCGCGUCAUCACAGACACUUGCCCAGAGGGCAUAAUGCUGCUGCUGGUCCAGGCUAUCCUAGGCUCCAUUGUCAAUGCUUUCAUGGUAGGCUGUAUGUUUGUCAAGAUCUCCCAGCCCAAAAGGAGGGCAGAGACCCUCAUGUUCUCCCACAAGGCGGUGGUGUCUGUACGCGAUGGCCGACUAUGCGUCAUGUUUCGGGUUGGUGAUCUGAGAAACUCUCACAUUGUGGAGGCCUCUAUCAGAGCUAAGCUGAUCCGCUCCAGGCAAACCAAGGAGGGAGAGUUUAUCCCCCUGAACCAGACAGACAUCAACGUGGGCUUUGACACUGGAGAUGACCGUCUGUUCUUGGUGUCUCCGCUUAUCAUUUGCCAUGAGGUCAAUGAGAAUAGCCCCUUCUGGAACCUCUCCCAGGAGCAGCUGGCCACGGAGGAAUUUGAGAUUGUCGUCAUCCUAGAAGGCAUGGUGGAGGCUACAGGGAUGACAUGUCAGGCCCGGAGCUCCUACCUGAGUUCGGAGGUGCUGUGGGGCGAACGCUUCACACCUGUACUUUCCCUUGAAGAGGGCUUCUACGAGGUUGACUACGACACCUUCCAUCACACCUACCCCACCCCAACUCCCGCCUGCUCAGCCCGAAAGCUGGCUGAACUGGCCCAAAAGGGCGAAGCCUUCCCUCUGCCCCCGCUCUCCCCUCCGCCUCCUCUCUCCCCACCUGCUCCCCACUCUCCACCGCCGCCCCAGACUCCGCCCCCUAAGCAGUCAUGCAUGGAGGAAAAGACAGAUAAAGGGGACGAGGGAGAAGACAGGGUGAAGGGAGACAGUAGGGGAGAGGGCGUAGGAAGAGGAAGAGAGGGGGAAGUGAGGAAUGAAGGGGAACUGGAUGGAGAAAAUAUCAGUAAUGGAGAAGUGAGCAUGAUGGACUACGGCCAUAAUUUAUAACAUUUCAGAUUAGGAUGCCAAAAACGGUUAGUUUAGUGGUAUCUCACCUGUGAUAUCACACCUGUGGUAGUGACACUGUGAAAGGCGGUGAGGUGCACAUAGAGGCAGCAGGCCACUGGCUACUUCCCUAGCACUUAUACAUAAGGAACUAUGACGAUCAUUGCCAAAGGUCACAAAGACUUUUAAACAACAUAGUAUUGUGCCAAGAUUUAGAAAUAAAAUCGAUUGGAUGUUUAAGUGUCUAUGAGAUUUUUCUUUACAUACAAAUUUAUAUGUAAUUGAUGUUGUUAAAAAAAUUGUUUUGCCGAGUAAUUUGUGUCUAAGUGUGAACAAAUAAACUAUGUGGAUUUCACCAUAUAAUCUUUCUGAAUCUGCCGGUUUAAAGUUAAAUCUUGUUUUUGUUAUCCCAUCAUUUGUAUUGUUUACAAACACAUUUUCAUUUUUUAUAAGCUUAUUGGAGAGGUUGUCUGAACCCCGUGAAUACUGAAAACUCAUCAUGAUAUUGCAAAGUAUAUCUUUAAAUGACAAUACUUCCAAAACAAGAGA